GGCCGCCGAGGCCGCGCCGCGCUCGGGACAUGCGGCCGCCCCCGCCGGCGAGGAGGCGAUGAGGCUCCGCAGCGGCACGGCGCUCACGCUGCUGCUCGGCUGCCUCUGCGCCCUGCUCUCGCUCUCUUGGUACGGCGCCUUCGGCGGGCACAAAGGUGACGUUGUGGACAUCUACCAGCGGGAGUUCCUGGCACUCCGGGACCGACUGCACGCAGCCGAGCAGGAGAGCCUGAAGCGCUCCAAGGAGCUCAACCUGGUCCUGGAGGAGAUCAAGAGAGCCAUCUCGGAGAAGCAGGCCCUGCGGGAUAUAAACCGGACGUGGAGCAGCUUAUCUGACGAAACCAAGUUAAAACUGUGGAAUAUCACCAACAAGAAUGUGCUGCACCUUCCCACCAUCUUCCAUCAUUUGCCACAUUUGCUGUCAAAGGAGAACAGUCUGCAACCAGCCGUGCAUGUGGGACAGGGGCGCACUGGAGUGUCCGUCGUGAUGGGAAUCCCCAGCGUGAAGCGGGAGGUGCAUUCCUACCUCACCGACACCCUCAACUCCCUCAUCUCAGAGCUCACUCAGCAGGAGAAGGAGGACUCCGUCAUCGUCGUCCUCAUCGCCGAGACAGACCCGCAGUACACAGCCGGAGUGGCAGAGAAUAUCAAAAACUUAUUCCCAAAGGAAAUACACUCAGGUCUCCUGGAGGUAAUUUCCCCAUCUCCACAUUUCUAUCCUGACUUCUCCCACCUGCGGGAAUCCUUUGGGGACCCCAAGGAAAGAGUCAGGUGGAGGACGAAGCAGAACCUCGACUACUGCUUUUUAAUGAUGUAUGCCCAGUCCAAAGGCAUCUACUACGUGCAGCUGGAGGAUGAUAUUGUGGCCAAACCAAACUAUCUCAGCACGAUGAAGAACUUUGCCUUGCAGCAGCCCUCUGAGGAGUGGAUGAUCCUGGAGUUUUCUCAGCUGGGGUUCAUUGGGAAAAUGUUCAAGUCUCUGGACCUGACUUUGAUUGUGGAGUUCAUCCUGAUGUUCUAUAAAGAUAAACCCAUUGACUGGCUGUUGGAUCACAUCCUCUGGGUGAAAGUCUGCAACCCUGAGAAAGAUGCAAAACACUGUGACAGGCAGAAGGCAAACCUGAGGAUACGCUUCAAGCCCUCGCUCUUCCAGCACGUGGGAACCCACUCCUCCUUGGCUGGGAAGAUACAGAAGCUGAAGGACAAGGACUUUGGCAAGCAGGCCCUGCGGAAGGAGCACAUCAACCCUCCCGCGGAGGUGAGCACCAGCCUGAAAACCUACCAGCACUUCACCUUGGAGAAGGCUUACCUGCGGGAGGACUUCUUCUGGGCCUUCACUCCCACUGCUGGAGACUUCAUCAGAUUCAGAUUCUUCAAACCGCUCCGUGUCGAAAGGUUCUUCUUCCGCAGUGGGAACAUCGAGCACCCAGAAGACAAACUCUUCAAUACGACUGUGGAGGUUUUGCCUUUUGACAGCCUGCAGUCGGACAAGGAAGCCUUGCAGGAGGGACGAGGCACGGCUGGCAGAUACCGCAGGACGCCGGAUGGCUACAUCCAGAUCGGCUCCUUCUCCAAGGGCGUCGCAGAGGGCGAGGUGGACCCAUCCUUCGGGCCACUGGAGGCCAUCAGGCUGUCCAUCCAAACCGACUCCCCGGUGUGGAUCAUCCUGAGCGAGAUUUUCAUCAAGAAAGCGGAGUGAGGCGGGUGUUUGGAAGGGCGGACACAGGCGCGGCUCCCCGGUGCUGCUCCCUCCCCUCGGCUCCCUCCGGCCAGGCCCGGCCCAGCGCCUGCCGCCCACACCACGCUGCUGGGCCCGCGCCGCGGCUUCUGCAGGAGGAGGAGAAACCCACUGCCCGGCGCACAGGGGUGGCUUCGCUCCCUCGGCCCCUCGCGAGCGCCUGGCUGCCGCUCCGGCCACACCGCCGCGGGGACGGGUUGGAGCCGGGACGAGCUUUGGCAGGGGACGGGAAGCCCCCAGGACACGACGCGCUCUGGCUGCGUUUGGGGACAGAGCUGGGGUCUGGCCACAUUUGAGUCCUGCCGGCUGACCCCCCACAGGCCGGGGGCCGAGGUCUCCCUUGCCUUUGCCCAGGCGGUAGUCCUGGCCACAGCUGAGGAUUAAGUGAGGGUGAAGCUUGACCCUCCUUCAGCAGCGGAGGAACGAAUCCGAAGGGGUUGGAGCUAUGAGUAUGGCAGGGAAAACAAACAAAAAUACGCCACACUGUGCCUGCCAGCAUUGAACACAGCCCCUUAACUCACAGUGAAGUCUCCAGUGUCUUCAUGCCUUGAGAUUGAGUGCAGAAACCAUCUUUUCUAAUAACUGUUUCAGCUAUUGAUUGGUGUGAAUUUUUUGAGGACAAACAAAAGCAGAAGUAGCCCAGUUCAGAAAUAGCAGGGAUUAGUGUAAAUCCCAAUGUCUCUUCAGCUCUACACUGGAAUGCAUUAUACUACUUUCAUGUGCUGUAUUUUUUAUUAUUGGAUACAUUUGAUUUUUUCAAGUACAUCUCUCUAUAUAAAUAUAUAAAACAAUGUGCACUGUAAUAAAAGCUGAAUUUAAA